UCUGUAGCCAUUAGAAUCUAUGUAGGCCUGUAACUGUGCCUUUAUAUGAUAGAAGACAACAGGAAUUAGCAGCAGACACAGAGCCUACAAUUAAAGUGUUUGGGUUGUUGCACACCGUGACUCCUCCGCUCUCUCAUGACCACCGGCUUUACCCACCAUGCCCGUGUUCUACUCUCCCGUUCCGGACAACCUGCAGAUGGGCCUUGCCUACAUGGGAGGCUCCGUAUUCACAAACAACAGGACAGCGGACAGCGACUUCACCAGGGAGCAGGAGGAUGCAUCUGUGGUCAACGAGCUGGUUUCUCACCUUCCUCUGCAAAUGCUCUUGUACUUCAACCUGUUUUACUUUCCUUGUUGGUGGUUUUCUGCUGUGUUCAUGUUGGAAGUGAAAUACUACUAUCUUCCUGGGUACUACCAGGCUCUGCUCAUAACCGGGUUGGUCCUUGUCACGGUGAUUGAAGUUAUCCGGCUCUACCUGGGCUACAUCGGCAAUCUUAAAGAAAAGGUGCCAGCACUGGCGGCUUUCUGGCUCCUGUCUUUGUCGUUCCAGCUGCCAGUGCUGCUGUUCUUUGUCACCGACGAAGGCAUCAUCAUCCUGCCUCUGGAGAGAGCCAUCCACUCCAUCUUCCUCAUUUUCCUGCUCGCCCAGAUCCUGGCUUCUUUCUUGGCGCUUCGGACCAUGACCCGAAAGCUCACCCUGCUUUUCCACAUGCGUCAGUUUGGCAAGGUGGAAAGCUUGCAGCAUGCAGCGAUGAGCCCCAUCUAUGGGCUUACCUAUAACCGCAGCGUGCUGCCGCUUUCACCCACCCAUGAAAUCUACAACUAAAGGCAGAAAACACCACUUCUCUGUUUAUCACGACAGUUUUCAUUUACAGGACUUCUAAUAAAACCUUCAUUGCACAUUUAAAAUCUGCACAAUGUCUGCCCGUUUAUGCUAUUGAAAUGUGUUUCAGCAUGAUAACUUCAGUGGAAGCAUGCUUUGAAAUUUGUGACUGACUUUUUUUAAGGGUUUUAUUUAUUAUGACUGGAGUGUGUUGAGCCCCUGUAUUUUAUAACGUUGUUUUCCAUGUUAAUAUAAGACGUAAAUAACAGGUGUGUUUAAAUGCAGUGUCUCAAAAGUGAGUACCCCCCAAUCUUUGUGUCAAUGUUUUAUUGAAUCUUUUCAUGGGACAAAUCUGAAGAUAUGACAAGGCAAGGCAAGGCAAAUUUAUUUAUAUAGCACAAUUCAGUACAGAGACAAUGCA